AUGCCGCAGACACCAUUGAGCAAGCGGCAACGUUCUGUCGACGACCUAACCCCAACACAGAGAGUCAGCGGUGUCGGCGUUUCCGAGCUCAAUCUCGGCGAUUCCUCCGAGCGCGGCUCGACGGCCAGCUCGACCGGGGGGCGCCCGACGAGGCGAGCCUUGAGCCCUAAGAAGCGCGAGGUUGCCCUGCGGCAGGCCAGGCAGUUCCCCGUCCGACGCCAGCACAUUUCAGCCAUGAGCGACCCCAGCAGCUUGAUGCGGGAGCUCGCCAGGACAGGGCAGCCGCGCGACGCUUGGUUCCUGGACAGCCCGACAACGUCUGAGGGCGCCACCGAGAAGGAUGACGUCUACAUGUAUCGACGCGUUCGGCACAUUCGAGACAACACUCUCAAGGCGCGGCGGCGGAUGGCCCACGAAGCGGAACGCGGAAUGGAACGAAGCUGUCCAUUGGCCUCUGUUAGAACUAGCCCUCGACGGGAACAGAUCUCAUCUGCCGGCGUCGUCUGCCGGAACGUCACGCAAUGCGCCGUCUAUCCCGAGUUGCGCGAACCGGAUCCCCGAAUCACGGACACCAAGUCCGACUACGCGCUGUGCCUGGACCCGGAGCAGGGCUCGCGCCUCGCAGGGCUGCUCCGCGCGUACAGGCAGCUGGGCGAGGAGAACAGGACCUCGCACAUACAGUUCAGCGACGAGGCGAACACGCCGCCGGCCGUGGGCGUCGAGACCAAAAGCGGCGGCGACGGGGGGACUCGUCGACGCAGAGCGGCGCGCAGGGCGCCUCGUUCGUUCGUGCUCAGCAUCGCCACCUGGCGCGCCUGCCGAGCGCCGCGGCUCGACCUCUGCCGCGACUUCCCAUUGUCCAGGUGCUAG